UUUCGCGUUCUUCGAAAGCGGCGUUGAAAGUAUCGAUGACCGGCGAGCGUGUUCGAUGAACGAUAUGAUUCCAGGACAGCGUGAGCGGCGUCUCUCCUGACAGGCUCGCCCUUGCCCAAGCCUGGUCCCAUUACGCGGGACAAGUGACAGCGGGGCGGCAUUGCGGCGACGGGGCGGAGGCAGGCCGGAAAUGAAAGGAAUUAAAAAGGCAAGCAGAAAGGGAGUGAUCACAGUGCAUCUGGACCGUCUCGCCGCUUUUGCAUGCAUCCCGGCCAAGCGGCGUGUGGUCUCACCGGCGCGGACCGUAUAAAAGAGCCGCCGGCCGUCGGUCUGGACACAAGCGAUCUCAUCCCAGCAGCAGCAGCAGCAGCCGCAGUAGCACCGAAGCUCCCAGCAGCAGUAGAAGCAGCAGCAUCUCGAAGCCAUGUGGAAGGUAGCGAUCUCCGCCCUCUGCUUCGUCGCCCUGGCCCACGCCGGCACCAUUCGCGGUGGUUUCGGUGGCGUCGGGUUGGGUGGUCUCGGUGGCGCUGGACUCGGCGGCGCUGGACUCGGCGUUGGACUCGGAGCUGGCGCCUACGGUGGAGCGUACGGAGGCGGAUACGGCGGCCAUGGUGGUGGCUACAGGGGCGGCUACGGUGGCCUCGUCGGAGGUGGACUCGUAGGCGUCGGGGGACUCGGAGGCGGCUACUACGGAGGCGGCGGCCGUGGAUACUACGGAGGCGGAGGCUACAGGUCGUACGCGGACGAGACGCCCAAGCCGUACAACUUCGGCUACGUAGCCCAGGGCCCCGAUGGUACUAGCUCCCGCCAGGAGGUCGCCGACGGCAGUGGCACCGUCCAGGGCGUCUACACCAUCAGCACGGCCGAAGGCGGCCAGAGGACGGUCAAGUACGCUGCCGACGCCGCCGGCUUCCGCGCCAGCGUGGACACCAACGAGCCCGGCACCCAGAACGAGAGCCCCGCCGACGUGGCCCUCCUGUCUUCCCAGCCGCACGCCUCCGUGCUGGCGUCCAAGUACGGCCCCGUCGGAGGAGCCGGAGGCGGCUACAGGGCCCGCGGAUACGGAGGAGCCGGCUACGGCGGAGUGUACGGAGCCGGCUACGGUGGAGUGUACGGAGGCGGAUACGGCGGUUACGGCGGCGGCUACGGCGGCUACGGCGGCCUCGGCGGCGGCUACGGUGUCGGAGGAGGACUCUACGGCGGAGCCGGGGUCUUCCGCGGCGUCGGAGGGCACGGAAAGCACGGCCACGGCUGGCAGUGACGAUGAAAGAAGGCCCGUCUACACGUCUUCGUCGUCCUUUGUGCGGGACUCGAAGCACUAGCACGAGAGUGCGCCCCCCUUUUGGACGAGUCCUCUCCCCCCCCCCCCACCUCCGUUUCCUGUACAGGUGUUGGUGCUCUGUCGUGUGUUCGUUGAAACCGCUGCCUGGACUUCCGAAGACAUCCGCUUCUGGGGUGCUGCAGCUCGAGGUGUAGGGACAAACGCGGUGUGGUCCUCCCCUUUUCACUGUCUUUGGGAAAUAAACGAACUUCCAGUGUUGAAAACGAAAACUGCUUGC